AUGUUGAUGGACAUCAUGAAAUGCUAUAUUAACGACGACGUGCACAUGGCCAAUUGUCCAACGAACACACUGAAUAAUCCCGGUGGACUGCCGUCCAUUUCUGGAUCGAUGUAUGUGAGAGCGAGAGCGUCGAGUUCAUUGUCUUUACGGAACAACAACUGGAUUGAGCAAGUUUUCAAGCGACGAGAAUGUGCUAAAUUCAUUCCAUCCAGCAAAUACCCAAACAAAUGUGGUUGUGGCCGUCUAAAGCAUUUGCAUUCCGCGGAAGCAAUUCAACAGCACCAGUCAUCAAAAACAGAUGCAAACAAUCAUCUCACAGUACCGUAUAAUGAAAGGAGAUUACAGAAGAGUGAUGAAGAUCAAGAAAUGGAGAUGACUGGAGCCGAUAGCGAGGCCGGACCUAAUAAUGGACGGCGUACCGUGCGAUCGCUCUCUGAGAAGUGGACAAUCCGCAAGCACACAACCGUUCUACCUACUGAUAGUUAUGGCACUAUCGAGUUCCAAGGUGGACCGCAUCCCUACAAAGCGCAAUAUCUACGGUUGAACGUCGAAACAGACCCUGCUGAUAUCAUGUAUUUAUUUGAAAAUAUUUGGCAAAUGCCUCCACCGAAAUUGAUCAUUACGGUUCAUGGUGGAAUCACUAAUUUUGAUCUUCAGCCAAAACUAGCACGAGUUUUUCGGAAGGGUCUAUUGAAAGCAGCCAAAACUACCGGUGCAUGGAUUAUCACUUCGGGCAUAAAUGCGGGUGUUGUUCGACAUGUAGCAGCUGCGCUCGAGGGGUGUGGUACCUUGCGAUCUAAAAUUGACACUGUUGUACCGUACCAUCCACAUUCGUUUUCACCGAAAGGUCGUUUUGCAGUACUGAACAAUCGACAUUCCUAUUUCUUAUUGGUUGACAAUGGUACUGUUGGAAGGUAUGUCCUAUAUGAUUUUGCAAUUUUUUCUCUCAAAAAACUUCUGUCCUAUUCAAAUUACAUAUCCAAACUUUUCAUUAUUUCAAGACUGAUGUUUCAAAGGCAAGCAAAACUUGUUGAUAAGUAUGGUGCUGACAUAAUCCUUCGAAAACGCCUCGAAAUG